AUGGCCGCCAUAAUUACUGUACGGGUCCCUCCUCCUCCCGUGGCAGGAGCAGGGGCAGACGCGGCGGGGGCCCCGGCAUUACUCCCCCGCCAUAAAUCCUCCUCCGCCGCACAAGGCACAGCAGAAGAGGCCUCCCCGCUCCGCUCCGCGUCCCCCAGCUGCGCCAGAGGAAUCCGCCGCCGCAAUCCCCUCCGCUCCGCAUUGCAGGAUUGCGUCGAGCACCCUCCUCGUCGAAACCUUUUCUUUGCUCUUGUUCGGUGGUGGUAUGGUGGGAUGAUGACCAGGGCGGCGGUGCUGUUGUCUCUCCUCUGCUGCCUCGCCGCCGCCGGCCGCGGCGAGGCGGUGUCCGUGGUGGGCGAGGGCGAGGCGGCGGCGGCGGAGCUGGCGGUGUCGGUGGACCCGUCGUGGCGGUUCCCCAACCAGCGGCUGCUGGACGCGUACGUCGCGCUGCAGACGUGGAAGCAGCAGGCCAUCUUCUCCGACCCCAGGGGCUUCACCGCCGACUGGGUGGGCCCGGGGGUCUGCAACUACACCGGGGUCUUCUGCGCGCCGCUGCCGCGCGGGGCGCCGGGCGCCGGGGAGCUCGCCGUCGCGGGCCUCGACCUGAACCACGGCGACAUCGCGGGGUACCUCCCGCCGGAGCUCGGCCUCCUCGCCGACCUCUCGCUGCUCCACCUCAACUCCAACCGCUUCUGCGGCCUCGUCCCGGCCACGCUCCGCCGCCUCCGCCUCCUCGUCGAGCUCGACCUCAGCAACAACCGCCUCGUCGGCGCCUUCCCGGCCGUCGUGCUCGACCUCCCGGCGCUCAAGUUCCUCGACCUCCGCUUCAACGACUUCGAGGGCGCCAUCCCGCCGGCGCUCUUCGACCGCCCGCUCGACGCCAUCUUCCUCAACCACAACCGCCUCCGGUCCCCGCUGCCCGACAACUUCGGCAACUCGCCGGCGUCCGUCAUCGUGCUCGCCGACAACAGCUUCGGCGGGUGCCUCCCGGCCAGCCUCGGCAACAUGUCCGGCACGCUCAACGAGAUCCUCCUCAUCAACAACGGCCUCGACUCCUGCGUCCCGCCGGAGGUCGGCCUGCUCCGGGAGGUGACCGUCUUCGACGUGAGCUUCAACGCGCUCGUCGGCCCGCUGCCGCAGCAGGUGGCCGGGAUGCGCAAGGUGGAGCAGCUGGACGUCGCGCACAACCGCCUGUCGGGCGCCGUCCCGGAGGCCAUCUGCGCGCUCUCGCGGCUCAAGAACCUCACCAUCUCCUACAACUUCUUCACCGGCGAGCCGCCGUCCUGCGCGCGCGUCGUGCCUUCGGAUGGAGACAGGAGGAACUGCCUGCCCAGCCGCCCCGCGCAGCGCACGCCGCAGCAGUGCGCCGCGUUCUAUUCGCAGCCGCCCGUCGACUGCGCCGCGUUCCAGUGCAAGCCGUUCGUCCCUGUUCCGCCGCCGCCGCCGCCACCAUCAUAUCCCGGCCCGUUGCCGCCAGUAUACCCCAUGCCAUACGCGUCGCCGCCGCCACCUGCGCAUUACCGAUGA